AUGGCGCUGGCCAGGCCUGGAGCACAGGGGCCCCUGGCCCCUCUCCUGCUGCCGCUGUUGCUCUGGACUCCUGCCCUUGGCCUCCUGGCUGGAACGGUGCCCACGGAGCCCCCGAAGCCCCCGAGCGCCUGUGCCUCGGCCCCCUGUGCUCCGGGGACCCAGUGUCAGGCCACGGAGAGUGGCGGCCACCUCUGCAGGCCCGCGGAGCCCCAGGGCUGUGCCGCCCGGCCCUGCCACCACGGCGCUCUGUGUGUGCCCCAGGGUCUGCACCCCGCCGGCUUCCGCUGCUACUGUGUGCCUGGCUUCCAGGGCCCACGCUGUGAGCUGGACAUCGAUGAGUGUGCGUCCCGGCCCUGCCGCCACGGGGCCACCUGCCUCAACCUGGCCGAUCGCUUCGAGUGCCACUGCCCCCUGGGCUACGCAGGCACGACGUGCGAGGAGGAGGUAGACGAGUGCGCCUCAGCGCCUUGCUUGCACGGGGGGUCGUGCCUGGACGGCGUGGGCUCCUACCGCUGCGUGUGCGCCCCGGGCUAUGGGGGCGCCAGCUGUCAGCUCGACCUGGACGAGUGCCAGAGCCAGCCCUGCGCGCACGGGGGUGCGUGCCACGACCUGGUGAACGGCUUCCGGUGCGACUGUGCCGACACGGGCUACGAGGGCGCGCGCUGCGAGCUGGAGGUGCUGGAGUGCGCGUCGGCGCCCUGCGCACACAACGCGACCUGCCUCGAGGGCCUCGGGAGCUUCCGCUGCCUCUGCUGGCCAGGCUACAGUGGCGCGCGGUGCGAGGUGGACGAGAACGAGUGUGCCACGGGCCCUUGCCAGCACGGGGGCCAGUGCCUGCAGCGCUCAGACCCCGCUCUCUAUGGGGGCGACCAGGCCGCCUUCCUGGGCCCCUUCAGUUUCCGGCACGCGGCAGGCUACCUGUGCCACUGCCCUCCAGGCUUCGAGGGGGAGGACUGUGAGGUGGAUGUGGACGAGUGUGCCUCGCGGCCAUGUCUCAACGGAGGCCACUGCCAGGACCUGCCCAACGGCUUCUGGUGCCAGUGUCCAGAUGGAUAUGCAGGCCUGACGUGUCAGGAAGACGUGGACGAAUGCCUGUCGGAGCCCUGCCUCCACGGCGGGGCCUGCGACGACGCUGUGGCAGGCUACAGCUGCCGGUGCCCAGAGGCCUGGGGCGGGCACCACUGUUCCGUGCGGCUCACCGGUUGUCAGGACCACACGUGCCCGCUGGCCGCCACCUGCGUCCCCACCUUUGAGUCUGGGGUCCACGGUCACACCUGCCGCUGCCCGGCUGGUACCCAUGGACUCCUGUGCGACCAGAAUACCACCUUCUCCGUGGAGGCUGGGAGAGCCGUGCAGACACAGGUGCCGUCUGGUGGCCCCCUGGGCGUGGCGUUACGAUUUCGCACCACCCUUCCUGAGGGCGCCCUGGCCACUCGCACGGACCCUUUGAACAGCUUGGAGCUGGCUCUGGCAGGAGCCACGCUCCAGGCCACACUCCAGAGCCACAGCAGCACCGUGGUCGUCCUGCGGCUGCCGGGCCCAGCCCUAAAUGACGGCCACUGGCACCGAGUGGAGGUGGCCCACCGCCCCGGAGUCCUGGAGCUGCGGCUGUGGCAUGAGGGCUGCCCAGCCCACGUCUGUGUCACCUCCAGCCCUGUGGCCCCCGCUCCUACGGCUUCCGUGGCCCCAAAGCCAGCCGGGCCCUGCUCUGCUCGGCUGGGCGACGCGGCCUUUGCAGGCUGCCUCCAGGACGUGCGUGUGGACGGCCACCUGCUGCUGCCUGGGGACUUUGGCGGCAACGUGCUCCUGGGCUGUGAGCGCCGGGAGCAGUGCCAGUCUCUGCCUUGUGCCCACGGCGGGGCCUGCAAGGACCUGUGGACUCACUUCCAGUGUGACUGCCCCCGGCCCUAUCUCGGUCCCACCUGCGCGGAUGAGCUUCCCGCGGCCACCUUUGGCUGGGGGGGCGCCCCCAGCGCUGCCUCCUUCCAGCUGCACCACCUGCCAGGCCCCAAUCUCACCCUGUCCUUCUUCCUCCGCACCCGGGAAGCUGCCGGUCUGCUGCUUCAACUGACCAACGAGUCUGCCGCUCUUCUGACGGUGUUCCUGAGUGAGGGCCAGGUCCGGGCCGAGGCGCAGGGCAGCCCCCCUCUGGUGCUCCCUGGGCGCUGGGAUGACGGACUCCGCCACCUGGUGACACUCAGCUUCCUGCCUGAUCAGCUGCAGGGCUUGGGGCGGCAGGUGCACGUCGGGGGGAGGCUGCCCCCCGCCGAUGCCCAGCCCUGGGGGGGCCCUUUCCGUGGCUGCCUCCAGGACCUGCGGUUCAGUGGCCUCCACCUCCCCUUCUUUCCACCGCCGCUGGGGAACUCAAGCCAGCCCAGCGGGCUGGACAGCUGGCAGUCCUGGAACCUCACCGCGGGCUGCGUCUCCGAGGACAUGUGCAGCCCUGACCCCUGUCUCAAUGGCGGGACUUGCCUUGUCACCUGGAAUGACUUCCACUGCACCUGCCCUGCCAACUUCACGGGGCCCACGUGUGCCCAGCAGCUGUGGUGUCCUGGUCAGCCCUGCCUCCCACCUGCCACCUGCGAGGAGGUUCCUGAUGGCUUUGUCUGUGUGGCCGAGGCCACGUUCCACGAGGGCCCCCCAGCAGAAUUCAGCGGUCACAACAUGUCAUCCGGGCGCUCCAUGAGCGGCCUCUCCAUCGCCUUCCGCACGCGCGACACCGAGGCGGGGCUGCUGCGUGCCACCGCCGGUCCCCACGCGGCGGUCUGGCUGGCCGUGCGUCACGGUUCCCUGGCGGCGGGCGUGCGCAGUGGCCACGGCCUGCCUGGCGCAGUAUUGCCAGCGCCAGGGCCGCGCGUGGCAGAUGGCGCUUGGCACCGCGUACGCCUGGCCAUGGAACGCCCGGCAGCUGGGGGGUCGCGCUGGCUGCUGUGGCUGGACAGUGCGGCCACGCCGGUGGCGCUGCGCGGACAGGCGGGCGACCUGGACUUCCUGCGCGGCCCCGGCGCUGCGCGCGUGCUGCUGGCAGAGAACUUCACCGGCUGCCUGGGCCGCGUAGCGCUCGGCGGCCUCCCGCUGCCCCUGGCGCGCCCGCGGCCCGGUGCACCCGCGGGCAAUGCAGAGCACUUCUCGGCCUGGCCGGGGCCAGCAGCCACGCGCCUGGGCUGCCGCGGCUCGCCCGUGUGCGCACCCUCGCCCUGCCUGCAUGGCGGCGCCUGCCGUGACCUUUUCGACGCCUUCGCCUGCGCCUGCGGCCCGGGCUGGGAGGGGCCGCGCUGCGAGGCCCGCGCUGACCCCUGUCGCUCCGCACCCUGCGCCCGUGGCCGCUGCCACGGGCUCCCGGACGGUCGAUUUGAAUGUCGCUGCCCACCAGGCUUCGCAGGCGCACGCUGCAGGUCGCCCGUCCUACCGGAGGAGUGCAGCCGGAACCUCACCUGCCUCGGUGGCAGCCCCUGCGAGGGCGGGUCUCCGGCUGCCAACUGCACCUGCCCGGAGGGCUCUGCUGGUCAGAGGUGCCCAGUCCCUUGUGAGGCCAACCCCUGCCUGAACGGGGGCACCUGCCGGGCGGCCCGUGGGGUGUCUGAAUGCAUCUGCAGCGCCAGGUUCUCGGGCCAGUUCUGCGAAGUGGUGAAGGGCCUGCCGCUGCCGCUGCCGUUCCCGCUGCUGGAGGUGGCCGUGCCUGCGGCCUGUGCCUGCCUCCUCCUGCUCCUCCUGGGUCUCCUCUCAGGCAUCCUAGCCGCCCGAAAGCGCCGCCAGUCAGAGGGCACCUACAGUCCGAGCCAGCAAGAGGUGGCUGGGGCCCGGCUGGAGAUGGACAGUGUCCUCAAGGUGCCGCCUGAGGAGAGACUCAUCUAGGCUCGCCUGGCCGCCAGCUCCAUCACCCACGAGGGCCGGAGACUCAAGAGGCCGCCCCCGGGGGCCUC